UAAUGAUAUAGUAUUUGUGGGGUUUUAACUUGAACAGAUAUAGCAGUCAAUCUCACUGAUGGUAUGUCCAAAGGAAUAUACAACAGCAAGAAAUACCAUGUGGCAGAUAUUGUUGCAGUACUCAGCAGGGCUUGGAGCGCCGGUGUUGAUCGAAUUAUUGUUACUGGUGGAUUUCUAGAGGAAUCAAAAGAAGCUCUUGCUAUUGCUGAAACUGAUGCAAGACUUUUUUGCAUGGUUGAUGUGCACCCAACAAGAUGCAAAGAAUUUGAUGAGAGUGGGGAUCCCGAAAAGCAUUUUCAGUCUCUUCUCUCAUUGACUAAAGAGGGGGUUGAGAAAGGAAAGCAAUUGGUGAAUGUGGACUGGACUAUGACAGGCUUCAUUGCUAAAAGAAUCCAAUGCCAGAUGAUUUGGGGAAGCGUAGGGGAAUCCAAUGCCAUAAACAUUGCUAAAAGAAUUGACUUUGAUGAGAAGAUAAUUAACUGUGCCCAAGCAUGGAUAAACAAGUUGACCUCACAGAAGGUACAGAUGCAGAAAGAUUUGCUCCACCAGUGACUAAUGGAAGAAAGAAGUAGAUUAGAAAUUCAAGCAAAUAAAGCUGCAUCUCUUCACUCGGAUAUUAUGAGCAUUUAUUAUGAGAAAAUAAAUGCGGCAGAUGACUUUGAAGGGCGUGAGACAGCUCUUGAGACCAAGGAGAGCCAACAGAUCCAACAGGAAUUGAAGGCUGUGAAGAAGGAAAUUUAAGAUAUAGUGCAUGAAUUUGAGAACCAACUUAAAAAUGCUGAUGC